AUGAGCUUUUUCAAAUCGACUCACGAGCCAGCUGAACCGAGAAGCGUUGACGAGCAGGCCGAUACGAUCAGCAAUGGUUACGAGUCGCCCAGCGAGAAACCAGUCAACGAUGCCUCCAACUUCCCGGACGGGGGUACCAAGGCGUGGCUGAAUGUUGUCGGGGGGUGGUGUGUCUUUUUCUCCAUGUUUGGAUGGGCGAAUGCUUUCGGUGUGUUUCAGGCCUACUAUCAAGAAAACCAACUCAAGGAUUACUCGGCGUUUCAGAUUUCUUGGAUCUCCUCUAUCCAGACGUUCAUUCUGUUUGGAGGAGGCAUUGUGGCCGGCAAACUGUACGAUAACUAUGGACCCAAGCUGCUUGUCUACUCGGGGGUCUUCCUCCAUUUAUUUGGAAUGAUGAUGUGCAGCAUCUCGUCCCAGUAUUACCAGUUCAUUCUGUCCCAAGGCGUGUGUACCUCAAUCGGCGACGCAGCUCUGUUCACCGCAUCGCUCAGCACGGCCAGCACCUGGUUCCACAAGAAGCGCGCCUUCGCAUUCGGACUGCUGCUCACCGGCACCAGUAUCGGCGGUGUCGUGAUGCCCAUCUGCCUCGAGCAUCUGCUGUCGUCGUCGCUAGGAUUCGGCUGGGCGAUUCGCAUCUGCACCUUCAUCAACCUCGCGCUGCUGCUCGUCGCGCUCUCCACCGUGACCUCGCGGCUCCCCCCGACCCCGAAGCCCGUCUCGGUCAUGGACCACCUCCGGCCCCUGAAGGAACCGCCGUUCCUCAUGCUCAGCGCCGGCUGCGCCUUGUUCUACCUGGGCAUGUACCUCCCCUUCAACUACAUCAUCGUGCAGGCGGAAUACGAAGGCAUGUCCGCCGGGCUGGCCGGGUAUCUCAUCCCGAUCCUCAACGGCGCCAGCCUCUUCGGCCGCCUCCUCCCCGGCAAAGCGGCCGACCGGCUCGGCCGGCUGAACACCAUGAUCGCCAUGUGCGCCUUUGCCGGGGUGAUCGUGUUGGCGCUGUGGCUCCCGGGGACCGGGACUGCGCCCCUCGUGGUGUUCUCGGCCCUGUACGGGUUCGCCUCGGGGGCCUUUAUCUCCCUGAUCCCGCCGCUGACGGCGCAGAUCAGUGACAUUCGCGAGAUCGGGGUGCGGUCCGGCACCCUCUGGCUGAUGGUGGCGGUUGCGGCGCUGGUGGCCAGUCCGAUCGGUGGCGCGCUGGAGGCGCGGGAUGGAGGCGCGUUUGUCGGAUUACAGGUCUUUGUUGGUGUGGCUAUGCUGAUUGGGACGGGCCUUUUUGUUGUGGGGAGGUGGGCCCUUGCUGGAUGGGAUCUGUUUGCGAAGCUUAGACGGGUCAACCUGGGUAGUGAUCGAUCGGGUGACCUUUGCGCAGUGGCAGAAUGA